UGCUACGCUACCAACUCGGUCGAUGUUGGACCAUAUUUCUGCUGCCCUGUCUGUAAGUUUAUCCCCAAUCUUGCUUUAGAUUUUUCUGAGAGUGAAUUUUUAUUAGAAAAAUUAUCAGGGUCCACUUACGGUGCAGCUUGGAGACCAGCUACUCCAUUCUACAACUAUGUUCCACCUAUGCCAGCUAACUGGCCUGAUGUCAUGAAAGUUACUGCCAACUGGCCAUCCGCUGCUAUCGGACUUCCUGUGAAAGCUAGAAAGCCCGUCUCCAACCAAGAAGAGACGGAAGAAACAAGCCAAAUAGGAUCGUCCAUAAACGAUUGGCUCGAGAGACAAGCCGCUCUGUAA